AAACUGUACAUUUACCCCCUUGUCUGGUGUCUAAUAUUAAAUGGAGUUUUUUCUUUAUUACAACCAGUUACACAUACAAAUAAUAUAAUAAUAAAUAACACUAAAAAGAAGGAUAACUUGAAGCAAACGUCUUUUACUAUUUGUUACUUCCCCGCUAGCCCAUAUACUAGUAUUCCAAAUGGUCUAGGUAUAGAACAACAAAUAAUGAACCUGGUAUUCGGCCAUCUAAAAAUAAAAAUAAACUACCGCAAGUUAAGCUCGAAUGCGGAAGAUUGCCAUUCGAUACAGACCCCUAGCGCCCCGGGGAUUUUCGAGUAUUUAACGAAUCACAGUUGCGAUUCUGUGAUCGGGAGGUCUCCAUGUCACAGGCAUAUUCCGCUGGUGGACAUAACCCAUACCUACGUGGAGGACGGUGGGGUGCUGGUGGUCCCGAACACCGACUGUCCCAGACAAGUCGGACUGGUGAUGAUUAGCCCGAAAAUGUUGCUGAUUAUCUUAGGGAAUUUUAUCAGCGUGUUCAUCUCCGUCCUGAUCCUUUGCCUGGUUGAAAACAACAAUAAGGGCUUCGCGAAGACGUUUUUCACGUUACACCGCACCGAAAAGUAUCAGGUUAAAAUAUUCGUAAUAUCGCUCUUACUGUUGUCGAAGAUCGUUAUAAGCAGCGUGCUCCAGGGGGAGAUUUUUAACAAUUUAGUCAGAAAAGACUUAUCGUGCCAACUUAAGGAUGUAGACGACGUUAUAGACCGUAACGUGUCAGUUGGGGUGGAACCUUUUAUAUUUGACAACGUCGUGGAGACGUCCGUUAUAAAUCGACCAAUAAAUAAGACUUGGCUGCUAAGUUUUUGGACCGUUGACAAGAAAAUAACCAAAUUGGACCCCUUGAGACCGCACAUUUUACGGGAAGUACGUUUCAAUUACUACUCGGCCACUUAUAUGCUAACGCGUAAAUUUUUGGAGGAAAAUGACAAUAUGAUACUGAAACCCGCUGAAGUACUCAAGAGGGUCCACAACAGUAUGUUCCUAUAUAAAAAUCAUCCGUUACACCGCGAUAUCAAUAGGAGCAUCUUACUGGUUACCCAGAGCGGUUUGGACAUAAUUAUCUUAAAAAAAGCCCUUGGGUUCGAUAAAAUUAAGCGGUUUAUGGAGAAUUCGCAAUUGUUAAAUCAUUAUACUCCCAUUAAGUUAAAGGAGAUUAAAUGGCUUUUGAGGUGUUGGGAUAUCGCCGUACUGGUGUGUAUUGGCGUUCUGUUAAUGGAAAUCGUUUGGAGUAAGAUUUUAUUGAGGUUCAGUCAUAGAAAAAGAUCAGUAUAAUAAAAAAAAGGUACUAGAGAUGUAACUCUUAGAAUGUUGAAUUCCUAGAAUAAGCUUAGCUGCAAACCAUAGGCGAGGUUGUUUGAGUUCACCAUCUCUCAGACCAUUGUCGGUCAAAUCGACUCUCCAAUUUUUCAUUUAAUACAUAAUUUUCUUAAACCAC